AUGGACCCCAAGGAUCUCAUUGUUGACAGCUUGACCUUCCGCAUCCGUGUCCAGCCAAGGCUGAAGGUUCUCCCAGGUGAAAGCCCGGAUGCCCCGCCGACCAUGGAGGUGCGCUUGCAACUCUUUUUGGAGCUCCGCCCUGUCUUCCGUACCCCCGGGCCGAAGCCAACCACGAUGACCACGACAGCGAAGCCAUAUGACCGCCGACGCCGUGGUCACUUUGAUCCCGCACCGCCUGAGGUUGAGAGGUGGUGCACAAUACAUCUUGUCCGAGUUGCUUGCGGUGUCUGGCUAAGAGUCCUCGUCAAUCCAUUGUGGACCUGCGUCAGAUGCUGUAAACGAGUGCCCCGUUGCGGACCCUGCACCUUCCAGUGUCCUCCUGGCGAGCUCAGCGAGCUGGAGUGGUUUGCAGAGUCACCUAAGUGGCCUGAGAACUUGACCAUUCCUGCAGGAUUUCUUUUUGACACCCCUGACUUGCGCAAAUUGCUCUCCACAGCCGAGAGGCAGCGAGUGCAAGACUUCGAGGAGACCGUGGAUGAGGAGACUGUGCCCCCAGAAAAUGUGUCGGUCACCGACGGCGACUGCCCCGUGCCUUUUGCGAUCGGCGGCGGUUGCAAAUGCACGAGGGGCUGCUCUCCGCUGCCCUACUUGAACUCAGACUUCACAUCGGACACGAGCCUUUCCUGCGAGGGGCAACGGCCCCCACCUUACGGCCCGGUGGCCCUUCACAAGACGAUAUGUGGGCCUAGGAGGGUUCAUAAGGAGUUCGCACUGGGCAAGACAACGCAGCUCGACGGAAUCUACGCGAGGUGCAAGGUGGGAACGUUGAUAGGUGGUGCUUGCAGUAAGUUUCUGCCAUAUGAUGGCGCCGAGAUCCUAGCUGCGUUUCCUGAAGAUCGGAACAUGUUCCGAUGCCUCGGAACUGGUGAGUGGAGUGAGGAGCCAGUCCACGAGACAGUGGCCCGUGCAUGGUGUUUGGAGCUUGAGGGGAAUGAGAAGGUCAUCAUGGUCAGGAGGGAAGGUCGUGACAAUGCUUCUGCCCAAUGUCCUGAUGGUUAUCAGGUUGUGGGAGGGGGGUGCACCUUUAUCGAGGGGACGGAGUUCACGCUUCGUGAGUCCUACCCAACAUCCCAGAAUACAUGGGAGUGCGUCUUUGACUCGACACGGUCCUGUGGCGAAGGAAGUCCGGUGUGUUUGCGCAGUGAGGCUCGCGCUAUGUGCCUGGGCAUUGCAAGUGUACAGUAA